UUUUACAUUUUUCUGUAGAGUUACUUAUUAAGACACUUGCACAGAUGAUGAAGUCAAAUGGGAUUUGGAUAUCUCUGCAUUUCGUUUUUAUGUAAAAAAACCACUCUGAAAUGAUGCUGAUGCUAUUAAAUAUUUGGUUAUUUUUAGGAACUGCUGUGCAAUUUACUUUAUGGCAAAACUGCAUUUUUAUUUAUAUUUUGCUUUUGUUACUGAUUCAGACUGAAAACAUAUUUGGAAAGUUUUAUGUGCAAAGUUAGAUUGUUUUGACUUUGUUUUCAUUGGAUUGAGUUGUUUGUUGCUUUUCCCUCAACAGUCAUUUGUUAAAAGCCAGCCUUAACAGGGAAUAAUUUUUUUUUUUAUUUUACUGACCAUUAAAUAUACUUUGUAUUAGGUACAUGUACUUCUUAAACUCAGGUGCAUGUAUAGUAGGUGAAAUUUCCCUGUUACCUACAGCAAGUUUCAAAGAUUCACAGGAUAUUAAUAUUUUCAGCAACUAAUGCAAUCUGAGCUGUCUUUGGGCCAUUUGAGAAGUGAAAUACUUCUGAGCAGGGUCAGGAGUCAGUAAAUGAAGCAUUAAGAUCUACCUAGUAUUUACUUAAUGAUAGAAAAACUAAUUGAGUGUAACCUUAAUUUAUUUUAACACAAAAUUCAGACUGUCUUUUGCUCCAGCAGUCUUGGGAGACAUGGAGCAGGGAUUAUAGGGAGAUAAGUAAGCCAUGUUUUGUUUGGUGUAUUACUGAUUACUGGGCUGUGAUUUAUUUAUUUAUUUUACCACAUGGCCACGCUUUGCUGAGCCAUUCAAAAAGAGCUUAGCAAUAUCUGCUGUUCUUUUUGCUUGCCCUUUGUCUCCUUGCAGUCUUUCCCCGCAGAACUUACGUUCCUUGAUUUCAGUAGAUUAAAACCAUAGCCGGAUUUGAUACACGGCAUGGUCCACUGAAGUUGUCUUGGUAUGUCUGAAAAGAUGCCGUAUGGCAGCGUAAGGGUGGGGAUGAGUCCUGCAGUGAAGGCAGGCGCUGCUUAAGCAGAUUCUGCUGUUGAGAGAAGCAUGCGUGGCCAGACCCAUAUCCGCCGCUAUGCUGCCUUUGGCUGCUUCCUUAGGUUUGCUGAUGCUGCUGUGUAAGGUGCCAUCAUCCACUGAGCAUGUGUAUGGAACUGUGAUAAAUAACUGUUAACUUGGAAAUAUCUAAAUGAGGCCAGUUAUGCCAGUUUCUUUGAACAUGAACAUGGCUAUGCCGUCAUGGUUUGAUAUUAUUGGACUUUCUCCAGAUUCACAGGAAGAUGAAGUUGGGAUCAAGCAGGCAGCGGAGAAUGUUAAAGCACUGAUAGAUCAAGAAGUAAAAAAUGGAAUUCCUUCUAAUAGAAUUAUUCUGGGAGGCUUUUCUCAGGGAGGUGCUUUAUCAUUGUAUACAGCUCUUACAACACAACAAAAAUUAGCAGGUGUUGUAGCCCUCAGCUGUUGGCUUCCUCUACGGGCUUCUUUUCCUCAGGGCCCUAUCAGUGGUGUCAACAAGGAGAUUGCUGUUCUUCAGUGCCAUGGGGACUGUGACCCAUUGGUUCCUUUAAUGUUCGGUUCUCUCACUGUUGAGAAGCUAAAGAGUAUGAUAAAUCCAGCCAACGUAACCUUCAGGACUUACUCUGGCAUGAUGCAUAGCUCGUGUAUUGAGGAGAUGAUGGAUGUAAAGCAGUUCAUAGACAAACAUCUACCUCCUGUAGACUGAAAUGAUAUGUGAGAAGCCUUCUAUAUAAAUGCACCAGCAUCAACUGUGGUAGAGUGUUAAUCUUUUCAUAUGCCUGAUAGGAAGCAUUACUUCUAUACCUGCAGUGUUACUACUGUGUUGCAAAUUUAUACUUAGGAUGAUGAUUAAAUGAUACACAUGUACAAGAAAUCAUAAUCUUUUUAGUUUUAAUCAUCCACUGAUGGGACUAUAUAAAUGAGGCAGCUAGGUAACAAUGACAGAAUGUAACCUAGGCAUACUGUUUUAAGACAUCUGAUUGGUUUUGAUUGCAGAUUUUAAACUAUUUGUACAAGUAAUUAAAAACUAAAUUUAAGCGAGCAACAUAAAUGUAACCAGUUUAGUUAUACUGGAGACAUGAUUUAUUCUUAAUACUCAUUGAAAACAUAUUAAAACUUUUCCUUGUGUAAUGGAUGCAUAAAGUACACAACAUGAAACGUAGUGGGCAUGUGAUGGUAGAAUAAAUGUUACCAAGGACAAAGCUUUAAAUAAUAAAUGUUAAUUGUUACUCCAGAUAAAGAGGGUUGUUCUAGAAUGGCUAGGAGUCAGCAAAGGUAUUUCCUAUAUUUAAAUCACCUCAAUUUUUAAGUGUUUUCAUAUAGGUAGAUACUGUGGAAAUGAUAAAGGGACUUGUUCAUUAUUAGACUGCCAUUUGUUGCUUACUGUCUUUUUUAUUUCUAUAAAAUCACAUUAAAUGCUGACUUGGAACAGAAUUCUGAAGAAGUGCAUAGGAUUAAUUCAAGUUGCAUUUAAAAAUUCCUGGUUUUGUACUGAAUAUUCAUCUUGUGCUUCUGUCUCUGUAGCUUUUUUUUGUGUAGAAAUGUUGAUAUAUUUCACAUGAGUGAUUCCAGCAUAUAGUUUUGAUUUUUCUGUCUGCUUUGGAGUAACCAACUGAAAACAACACAGCAGUGUAGUAUUGUGUAUUGUUGAACUCUCAUCUAUAACACAAGCAUUGACUAAUUUGAAUUAUUUUUAAAUAGAAAUGUAAGUGCAAUUGGGAUAUAACUUAAACUUCAAAUUGGUACCAUCGUCUACCAUACUUUCUUUUAGUGCAUAUUGAGAAUUGAUUUUUUUUCUGAGAAAGAACAAAGAAUUUUAUUUUCAAAUAUAUCAUUCUACAUUUCCCUAGAUGAGUAUAGCCUAGGAAUAUGAAGACGUACUUUUGGGGGAAAAAAAGUAAAUCUACAAGAUAGAGAAUGACUCUUCUUUCAGAAGCUUAAAAUUCUAGAAUGCAGUGGGUUACAGAAGUUGAUGCACGCUCAAGAGCCUUUUGCAGUUAAGAGCCAUAAUUUACUUCUGGAAACAGCUGUGCUUCUGUAGAGUUCAGAGGCUGUCGCCGCACUAGGAAUGUUUGAAAAAUACGCUACAGUUUUUGCUAUAUAAUAUGCUGCAUAACAAUGUUCUAUACUAAUAAUAAUGCUUGCAAGCAAAGAAUAUUCUUAUUUUGGAUGCAUCUGUCUUGUCAGCACUGUGCUUCAGACCUGCUUUUAAGGUACUUCCUCCUCUCCCAGCUUAAAUAAGCGGUCCUCUUGCAGUGUAUAUGGAUUUACAUCUGAGGCAUCUGCCAGUGCAAAUUCAUAAAUGGGGAAUUAUGCCUUCAUAUCCCUUCUCUAACGUUGCUGCUGCCAGAAAGCUGACUUGUUCACCUACCCUGAGUUCUCAGCUUUCAGUACUUUUUUCAUACGUAUUGCACUUCAUUUUUAGGAAGCUGCUUUUCUCUUCUAAUCCAGUUUCUCUGGGUUAUCAAACAUUUCUUAAUAUGUAAAAUUGAAAAGGAGUUUUUUCUAAAUGGUAUUGAAACAGUUUUAGAUAUUCUGUCUGGGUGGUUGAGAGGGUACAUCUAUUAACUUUGAAGUUGAGUUACUCUUUUCCCUCAGUCACUCUGUUCUAUAGAUCUGCUAAUUUGUCUUUCAGUUAAUUUAGUUCACAGCAGAAACCAUAAUAUUCUUACUGUAGUUGUGCCAAAGUUCUAUUGAGAAAACAGUGUGUCCUAGCUUGGAG